AUGCCCUCAGCUAAUCCCUCCUCUGCUGCCUUGCGAGCCACGGCCACUGCGACGUGUGAUGUGAUGUCGCGAAUGCUGGGGGAUGGAGAGGAAGGGUGGCAGGAUGUCACCUCGCUGGAUCAGUGGAGAGCAGUGGUAACCUUUCCAUUCUCGUAUAGCGAUGGGAAGGCAGAUAGGCCAAGCUCAAAGGGUACGGGGCAGGGUGGCGAUGGGUAUGAGUGGCAUGAGGUUGGGGUGCAGGGGGUUGCAGUGCGAGGUGACAUGCUCUGGGAAGAGGAAGAUGUGGUUUUCCAUGGGUGGUUUGGCGGUGGAGGUGGUGGUGGUGGUGGUGGUGGUGGUGGUGGUGGUGGUGGUGGUGGUGGUGGUGGUGGUGGUGGUGGUGGUGGUGGUGGUGGUGGUGGUGGUGGUGGUGGUGGUGGUGGUGGUGGUGGUGGUGGUGGUGGUGGUGGUGGUGGUGGAGGUGGUGGUGACGGUGGAGGUGGUGGUGCAAGGGAGAGGCGGCCUACCCUGGGAAGAGGAAGAUGUGGUUCCCCUGGGUGGAAUGGCCGAUCUUGCACAUGA